UUCACUUUAACUUUACUGUAUUCACUCGUUACUUCUUGUAAAAAUGGAAUAAAACACGUGUGUUGCGCAGCCAGCUGACUCUGUAGUCUAUUGUUCUGCAAACUUCACGCAGUAAAUACGUAAGAUGUCAAGUGAAUAAACAGUACACGACCACGCACAGCUCGAUCUGGUACGGUCCACACGGUCGCUAAAUUGCGAUUGCGAUGGAUAUUAAACAAGAAAUGGAGGAAGCAUUUGACUAUGCUGAUCAUUGUUCCCAAGAAAUUGAAAAUCAGUUUAUAAAUUCUGAUAUUGUGACUGAGGAGUAUAGAGUGCAGGAUGUUUUAGUGCCGGUCAUCAAGAAGGAGGAAGAGUCAAGUUCAAUCGCAGCGGUCAAGAAGGAAGUGAUUAGUUUUGAGACAAAAGAACAUCGAGCAUAUCCUGACACACAUUUCAACUCACAGAGAUUGAAGAAAAGAAAAAACACUAGGAAAAAGCUAUUCACCUGCGACAAGUGUGGGAAAUUAUUUCAAUCUGGGGAUGGAUUUUGGUCCCACAAGAAAACUGCUCAUAAUAGCAAUCCCCAGAUUUUGAGCUGCAUAUAUUGCAGCAAGACUUACCUAAAAUUCACAGGAUUAAUUGCUCACAUGAAGGCACGACAUCGGGGACUUCCAAGAAAAACAGGAGCAAUACCGACGUGCAGCUUUUGCAAACUGGUGUGCAAGAGCAUUGAAGACUUGCAAGAACAUGUGGAGGAAAUGCAUCCACUUCAGAAUCGCUUUGAAUGUGCGCUCUGCGACUGGUCAACAUAUUAUAAAUAUUUGAUAAUUCGCCACAUGAAAGUCAAUCAUAUGAAGCAAAAAUAUGAGGCAUGUCGUUUCUGCGCUAAGAUAUGUCUCAAGAAACGUAUCUACUGCCACAUAUCUGCAAAACAUCGUGAACAUAAAGCUCUCCAAUGUGAGAUUUGCAGUAAAACUUUCAAGACUAAGAGAACUUUGAAAAAUCACAAACAGACACACUUUGUUCCUGACAAGGAAGAUUACGUGAAGUGUCUGUAUUGCACGAAGAGUUUCUAUAGGCUGAGAAAUUUGAGAGAACAUGCCAGAGUUUUUCAUCGGGGUCUGUCGGCCCGUCCUCAAGGCCCUCCUUUCAAGUGCACGGUUUGCAAGAGGAAUCACGACACAUUGGAUCAAUUAAUAAACCACGCUGGGGUACAUAAGAGAUGAUAGUUGUUGACGAACGAAUGAAAUGA